UCUGUGUUUAUUGAGUCAUUGUCAGAGAUGCGGUGGGUCCAUGUGUAGAUCUAGUGCUGUCACUGAGCAAGGAAUGUUACAAAAGAGAAGACAACUGGUAUAAUAUGACCUCAGGGAGACUCGGCCAGAGGACAGACUGCCGGGAGCACAGGAAGAUGAAUUGACAGAAAGCUAUAAAUGGAUGGAGACGUGAGAGGAUAGAAGCUGGCACGUUUGCUGAAGCUUUUGAGGGACUGAGGAAAACUAAUGGACAGAGAAGAUAGAAGACAGAUAGAGACCAAAGGAUAAAGAGACAGGACAGACUAACAGAAAAUGUCAGAUUACAACUGACACAUUUUGCUGAAACAGUGGGGAUUUAACAAUGGACAAAUGGAUGAUAAAGUGACAAUGUUUUUGUCUGCUGACAAGCGAUGACGCAAGUAACAGUUCUGGGGGAUGACACGCAGAAACGGCACUGGCACCAUCACAGAUAUGGAGCAUAUUAACUUGACAGUUUGCUCUUAAUGAGUGUGGGACAGAAAGGACAUAUGAUGAGAAUGGGCAGACUGUCACCAUUAAUGACUGUGUGCCAGCUGGUAACUGCUAAGCAUGCUGGGAUAGCAGAACUGGCCACUGACUGACUGAGUAACGGACAAUAUCAGUAACUAGGAAGAUCCCAGGGUCAAAUGGUUGUCUCAAAGCAUGCUGGGACAUUGGAUUUGCCAGAGAUGUUACGGCUAAGUAUGCUGGGACGUUGGAAACAACACAGCUGUCUGUCAGAGCAGUGAGGAUGAACAGACGAGGCCAGGUCAGAGGUCGGAGGUUUGUCAAGGCAGACUACUAUGAACUGGACUGGUACUAUGAGGAGUGUACUGAUGUGCUGUGUGCUGACAGAGUGGGCCAGAUGACGAAGACCUACAGUGACAUUGAUGCUGUCACUCGGCUGCUGGAAGAGAAAGAGCGUGACUUGGAGUUAGCAGCUCGCAUCGGACAGUCACUGCUGAAGAAAAACAAAGCCCUCAGUGAGAGGAACGAACUGCUGGAGGAGCAAGUAGAGCACAUACGAGAGGAGGUGUCUCAGUUGCGUCAUGACUUGUCCAUGAAAGAUGAGCUGUUACAGUUUUAUACCAGCGCUGCCGAGGAGAGUGAGGGGGAGUCUACCACCUCCACACCUGUGCGUCCCAGUGAAACCAGUGUGUCAACUCCAGUUAGUUUCCCUCUCGACUCUUUGCAGAAGAAACUCAAAGAUCUGGAAGAAGAAAACAAAUCACUGCGAUCUGAGGCCAGUCACCUGGAGACAGAAACCAUCUCCUACGAGGAGAAAGAGCUACAACUUGUAAAUGACUGUGUCAAAGAACUACGUGAUGCCAACGUGCAGAUUUCCUCUCUGGCUGAAGAGCUGGCCAGGAAGACUGAGGACGCCUCCAGACAGCAGGAGGAGAUCACACACCUCCUCUCCCAGAUAGUAGACCUCCAGAAAAAGGCCAAGAUGUAUGCCGUGGAGAACGAGGAGCUGACUCAGCACCUAGGUGCAGCCAAAGAUGCCCAGCGACAACUCACUGCUGAAUUGCGAGAGUUACAGGAUAAGUAUGCCGAGUGCAUGGAAAUGCUUCAUGAGGCUCAGGAGGAGCUGAAGAACCUGAGAAAUAAAACUUUACCACUCAGCACACCGAGGCGUUUCCAUUCUCUUGGUCUGUUCCCGAUGGACUCUCUGGCAGCAGAAAUAGAGGGCACCAUGAGGAAGGAACUUCAGAUGGACGAUCCAGAUGUAGAAGAGCAGAGACUGCACCCAAAGCGAGUGUUCCAGACGGUGAAAAACCUGAACCUGAUGCGUCAGCAGCGUUCAUCGCUGGCCCCCUCACCCCUCAACAUCCCAGGCUCCAACCAGACAUCAUGCCUCACCUCAGGGCUCUCCAGCAGGGUGGGCACGCCGCGCUCCAACUCUAUAUAUGGUAGCGAGACAGGAAGUGGGAUCAUCCUGGACAACAGGACAAGCAGUAUCCUGGAGUGUCCAGACGAUGGGUCAGAGGACUCUAACAAGCGGCCCCCUGGAACCCCAGGGACCCCGGGCAGCAGGGACCUGGAGGCAGCCCUGCGGCGUCUGUCGCUCCGUCGUGACAACUACCUCUCAGAAAAACGCUUCUUUGAAGAUGAGAGGGAGAGAAAGCUGGCUUACCUGGCCAAAGAGGAUGAAAAGGGAGGCGAGGGGAGUAGCGGAGGCCCGGGGACACCGAUGGAGAGCCUGUUAUCGCUGUGCUCGCAUCCCUCAUUAGGAAGUGUCUGGUCAGGGUACUCCUUCACAGCGAGAUCCUACCUGCCGGAGAAGCUGCAAAUUGUAAAGCCGCUAGAAGGCUCUGCUACUCUCCACGCAUGGCAGCAGCUGGCUCAACCUCACAUGGGUGCUCUGUUGGAUCAUCGGCCUGGUGUAGUCACAAAGGGCUUUCGCACUUUAGCACACGAGCAGGAGCAGGAACAGGAAGACGGCUGGCACCUGGACCAACCAGAGGAGGACGAAGAUUUGUGCGACACAUUCACCGGCUUGUCAGGAGAGAGCUCUGCUCCCAUGGAUCUGCCUCACUCUACCUCCUCUCCCUCCGUCUGCUGCAACAAGAUGGAAGACGCCGAUGACAAUAGCCAGUCGCAAACAUUGCAAGGAGACUUGUGCAGGGCAAGAGAACCGAUUCAAGUUAAAGACGGACAUGUUGCAAACAUGCCCCUUUCCUUCUCCUGCUCCUCCCCUUCUUCCUCUCCUCUCCCCUCUUCUUCUGAGAUGAACGGGCACAUGGACCUCAAGGAGCUCCAGGCCUUACAGGCCGCCGCAGUAGACCGUAUGCCUGUUAAUUUCCCAGGGAAGUGUAUGUCCCAUACCUCCUCUACAUACACCUUCACCACCUGCAGGAUUCUCCACCCUUCGGAUCAGCUGACCUCUGUGUCCCCGAGCUCGGCUCUGGCCUCUUGUCAGAGCAGUGCUUGCCACAGCACCACUACCCCUGCUUCCUCUCCCAUACCCUUCUCUGCUCCAAAUACACCUUCCUACACCCCCUGCUGCACCCCGCGCCGCCUCUCCCUCUCCCUCUCACUAGCUGAAUCCUCCACCAACCUUCGGGACUCCACCAAGACCACCAGUACCUCGCUAGGCCUGGUGCGCCUCCUGCUGGAGCAUGGGAUUUCUGCCUCAGUGUAUGACCCCCGCAGCUGGGACCGAGGGUUGGAUGCCAGCGGAGCUUCAACACCUGUGGGAGGAGUGCAAGCACAGAGGAGCACGGACACACCAGGGGAGACUGAACACAGACGACUGAAGAAACGCCCGGAUACCCUCCUUCUCCAACCAUCAACCCCGCCUAACUCCCCUCGUUCUAAAUCUGCUUCUUCUACUAACAACCGCCCAGUCUUUCAGUUCAGCCCUUCUGCUGAUGACCCGCCAUUUUAUGACACCUUCCUCGCCUCUAAGCCGGCUCGUACCAUUCUGAGGGAAGUGCUAGGGGAGGCGGAGAGGGAGCGAGGGGGGCAAACAGAUGAUGACGGCCAAACAGAGAAGCUGAACCUGCGACUUGUGGACAAGCUGAAACGUUUCCGCACUCUCUCCCCUCAUGCUGGUUCUGUUUCAUCUGGGAGUACUCUGUUAGCCCCCUUCAGCUCCACUGGACUGGGGAGCAGUGCCCUGGGUGGGGGGCUUCCAGGUUUGAAUGCAGGGCUGAGGAGGAAUCGAAGCUAUCCCGCCAUGGUAGGGGCCAGUAUGGCUAUGAAAGACCCAGGGGGCCCCCCCAGCACAGAGAUAGUCAUACCACAUACGAUGCAAACCCCACAUACUCAACAGGCAGUGAACACACAGGAAAUGGACAAAAUGCAAACAAAUCACACACUGUUCACACACAUACCACAGACACUACAUGAAGCAGUGACACCACAGACAAUAAAGCAGAGACACACCAGGCCAAACUACGGGCUGUGGCACUCAACAAGCAAUGACCAACUCAGUGAUGACGAAACUUGGACAUAAAGGGAGAUAUUCAGUGGAGUGGCUCAUAUUACAUCUACUGCAUAUAACAUUUCACAGUACCAUACAUACGACAUUAGACAUUUGCACACAUACAAAUUUAUUUAUAAAACCAAAUAUCAUACACGACCAUAUAGACUUCCUGCAACUAUAGAGUAGACCAAACAGCUACACUGAUGAACAGUACAGGCCACCUACAGACUCAAGUAAGUCCUCUCUCCAAACCAGUCCAGACUCCAACUGAUCUACAGUCACCAGUAAAUGUAAACUCAAUGAAACGGUGGUGAAUGAUCCAGUGGUGGCUGACACUGUUACACUGUGUUAUACUCAUAUACUGUCAGACUAACAAUGAUGGAGUAUGUUGCCUUCCUCUGUGUCCACUGUAAUGGUAUAUUGUAUGUGCAAUAUACUGUGUCAUAUACUGUGUAAUAUUAAAGGCCCAAUCUGGUGGAAAUACAGCAGAGUUUUCCCACAACCCCUUUCAGUCUCUUUUUCCUCCUCAACCUUAAUGAGUGCACUUUUGGAGAAAAGAAAGGCAACAUAUGGAUGAAAUUUAAUUCAAAUGUUUAAUUGUACUGCACUGGCCUGAAUACAACAUUGUUUUUUUUUUUAUUGAGAUUACAGGUAUUUAUGAAGGAGUGGGGGUUGUAUAUUCCAAGACUAAACCAUCACGCAUUCAAUCAGCAGGUGUUACUGUUGCUGCACUUUAAAAUAACACUGUGUCAUGGGUCAUCUGUAGCCUGAAUGUGGCUAGGCUAGCAGGUUUAACCAUGGUACUGCAACACAAAAAUCUCCAGAAAGCAUUAACAACCAGUAAAAAUGACAUACAUCUGUGGUCUUUGGCUUCAGAAUUGAAUUUUUGAUAUCUGUAAAAAUGUUGUCAAAGUGCUCAAAGUGACUGAGUAAUGUCAUCCCAGUGUUCAGUCUGUGGUAACAACUAAUAAAUGUUAAAGCCCACCAGGAAAAGACCAAUAUGUCUCUCCCAUUGUAAAGAUACAGCCAGAGUUAAGUUGGCUGCUAGGCCUGAAGGGAGCCUUUUACCAGAGCCUUUAUUUUGGGGUUGUAUUUAAGCCUUUAAUUGCAUUGGAGAUAAAUGGAAGUUAUAUUGUCACAUGCAGUGACAUUAGCACUAGAGAUUAGUUUCUACCAGCAACUUUUUUUUUCCUAUAUAUAUAAUCCAUAUAAAAAAAAAAAAUAUUAAAAAAAAAAUCCAGAUUGGGACUUUAAUGUGUGACCUCGCUGUGACUCCCUGUUCUUACGUGCCUAAAAACAGCUAACAUACUGUAUCUCAUUGGAGGAUGGGUUUGUAAUAUUUGAUUACUUUAUCAUUUUAAUGCAGUGGAGCGAGUAAAUGAGAAUAACUGCAGAUUAAUGUAUUUGCAUCUGAACCUGCUGAGGGUCCCCACACAUUUGUGUUUUCGUCUCGAGUAGUUUGGGUGAAGCACCCGCUUCAGUUAUAAUCCACAGGGACAUGUAGCACAUGAACAGUAACAGGUCCGGCUACACAGACACCAGUUCAAACACUGUGACUACAGACAACAUGAGGCACACCGGCAGAAAACACAAAACUUGCUUUGUCAGAUUCACUUUUUCCCAUAUUGCUUGUCACGUGCAUACAUAAUGAUGCCAUAUUAUUUAUUUUGUCAAAAUCAAACAAAUGUGUGGGUGAAAAAACAGCAAUAUUAAGCAUUAUAAAAUGUGUAUGUUUCUGAAUGUAAAUGUAAAAGGAGUGACUUGAAAUAUCCAAAUGUUGGUUUUUAAGAGCAGGAGAGAGAGAUUGUGUUAAUUUUUUGCUGAAGGGAAAUUUUUGGUGUCACUGACCAGUUCCACUGUCCAGACUCGGGAACACCCCUACGUCUUUUUAUAUUUAAAAAGAGAGCAACAUUAAGUUUUAUCAGUCCAUAUUUUGAAUAUGACCAUCACACAAACACUUUACUGGCCACAUUAACAUCGAUCCUUUGCAUCCUCAUGCUGUUCGUGUGUCAGUUAAAGUCUGAAGCUGGACACUGGGACUGGGCCACUGACUGUCUGACUGACACUGAAUGAAUGGACAAAAUGGCUGGCUGUGAUGCUGGCAGUGAUCUGUUGAAAUCCUUAAUGAUUAAGGGGUUGAUGCUAUUGAGCUGGAGAUUAAUAAUCAUCAAAUAUAUUUAUUAAAUACUUGGAUUAUUAGAGGCACAUGUAUAACUGAAUUGUACAUGUUUAAGUGAAGGACUUUUGCAGAUUGUAUUUAUAUUUUUAACGGUCACACUGACAUUUUGAAUCAUUUUUCAUUGGCCUGUUUAUGUUAAAAAAUAAAACAUUUCUAUGAGGCUUUUAAAAUGGCUUCAUAGAAACAUUUCCAUUUAAAACAAUGGGUACAGUUAGCUGUCUACAAGCUUACAGUGCAGUGAUGCUGCCUAUCGUAACAGUUGCACAUUUGGGGGGAAAAAACAAAACAAUUUACAGUAUUUAAGAAUGACAUGAAGCGACAAGGAGUUGGUGUGUGUUUGCGUGUGUGCUUGCUUUUCUGUGUGUCCACUGAAUCAUCUGAAUGUAAGUUAUUACAAACAGUGAACCUGCUGUAGGGCCAUUUAUUUGUACAGUAUGUUGAUUUAUCUUCGGUUUGUGUUGGGAACUAUUAUUGCAUUGUAAAUGUAUGCAACACAUAUAGUCAUGUUAACUUUUUUUUUUUUUAAGAUGAAACUGUAACAGUAGAACAGAAAUACAGGGAAUUAAGUUGUUUAUUUUCAGUAAAGAGGGAAACAAACUUUUCUGUUCAGGGAAUGAAGUGUUCUAUUCUACAGAACAGGCCGUAACGUUAAUAAAAAUAAAUA